ACGCCCCGCCUCCCCGCCUGCUCACACACACGCCUCACUUUACGUAAAUACUUUUUCUUCCUUGUAGAAACAAUCAGAGCUGUGAGUCGCUUCCUUGUGAGUUCCAGCAGUUUGCAGAGAGGCUACAGAAGUGAACGCAAUGGGGAAAAUCGAGUGGGCGAUGUGGGCCAAUGAGCAGGCUCUGGCCUCAGGACUCAUUCUCCUCACUGGAGGCAUUGUUGGGGUGGCUGGACAGUUCAGAGGCUGGCAGUUUGCUGCUUAUGCUAUUGUUGCCGGGGUGUUUGUGUGUCUCCUGGAGUAUCCCAGAAGCAAGAGGGCCAAAGGCACGAGUGUGGAGAGAACGGGCCAGUAUUGCUUCACUGUAUGUGUGAAAUCCUUUGGGCCAUUGACAAGGAACUAUUAUGUCAGAGGAUCAUUACAUGCUGCAAUCUGUGUACCUGGAGGUUUUAUGCUUUCAACUGUCCUUGGAUGUGUCUGCCUCGGCAUUUCCAGCAUUAUCUACUUUGUGGCAGCUAUCCGAGGUGAACACUGGGAGCCCAUUCUUCCGAGGAAGGAGAUCAGCCGAGAGGUACAGGACACCGUUAAGAAUCCUCCCCAGAAUCCACCACCAAGACCUCCUCCUGAGACACGCAGGAAACGGGUAGACGACCUUGAGGAAGCAGCCUAUGACAACCCCAUCCCUGUUAGCGAGUAACUAACCAGCUCAUUGCCCCGUCCUCUGUAACCUUUUCCCUGUCUGCCUGAGAGCUUGGGACAGUUCAACCUAUCAAAACCAGUCACAGUUGGGCAGAACCACAUUAUCUCAUCCUAGACAAAUGAUUAGUUUUCUGAAGUCAAGUGAAGUGACUGGCCUUCUUACUCAACCUGUAGAGAAAUACUGUACCUUGAGAGAGAACAUUGAAAAUGUUUCUUAACUAGAAUUGAGAAUUCAAUAAGGAAAAGAAAGCCUACAACAGAAAUCAAAUGUAAAUGCUACAGCUGCCAAGUGGGAACCAUUUACAAAAGGUGUCAAGUCAAAAGACUGUAGGUGAUGUAGGCAUUGUACUGCUGUUAAAAGUGCAAACCAAUACCUGUUUACUGUGCUCACCGCUAGAAUUAAUAUCAAGUUGUGUUGCAUCCACUGUAUUGUGUUGCCAUGGAUAUAUCUUACAAUCUACUGUAAUAUGUACUUACACUCUGUUCUUAACCCCUGUGUAUUUGUGUAUUUCUUGAGGUCAAUUGAUCACAAUCCUGAAAGGACAACAUAACGAUGUUUGCUCGGAUUAAAUUGACAUAUUGGGUUUUGGCUGUAUCGGGCUGAUUAUAUUUGGCAUUUAUCAUAAUUUUGUUGUUUGUAUUUUGAUGUAUUGUAAAUAAAUGCCUUGGGUGCCUUGAAUCAGGA